CAGUAUAAAUGAACGAGUUUCAGAGGUCCUUGCACAUUUUCUAAGGGAGGAUUCUCAGCCAAUUCUAACUCAAGGAGUGAAGAUUAUUCCUGUGACAGAUUGUCAAGAGACUGACGAUUUCAUACAAAGGAGUCUGUUACUGUCUUGAGAGAAACUGGAUUUAACCAGAAUAGAACAAGAAGGGGAAGACGGAGAAGCACAACUACAUAAGAGAAAAAGGACAUCAAAAUACAGUAUUUACCAUACUGUAUAUACUCGCAUUUAAAUUCUCCUGCAGAUAAGUCAAGAGCUUAAUGUUACCUUGGCUUUAAAUCUGUUUAAUGGUAUUUAGAUAAAAAAAGGUAUCGAUUUCUAUCAAAAGCAAGGAAAAUUCUGAGUGACCUCCAUCAAACCUUCAACUGGCAACGUAUGUUCUUUACUACAGUUUGUUUAUUAGUGCAAAGUUGUGUUUGACAGAAAUCACAAUGAAGUGGCCUCUCUUUGCUUUCUGUCUUCUUCUCUCCGGCUGCAAUGUGUGCUGUGAAAAAGGUCUUAAAAAGAUGUCAUUGAUUUUUCCUGAGGAAACUGACAACAGUUAUGUGAUGCUUCGUCCAGCUAAGCCCAUGAGCUUCACAGCCUUCACACUCUGCAUGUGCGUCGCUUCGGAGUUACAUUUAUUGCGGGAAACUGUACUAUUUUCCUAUUAUAACUCAGGAGAUGCACUAAAUCUGUGGGUUGAAUAUGGAAAAUUUAAUUUUUACUUGCUUCACUCAAAUCCUGUAAGUUUCAGACUUCCUCAGCUCAACUCAUUCUGGACAAAUCUAUGUGUAACAUGGGAGUCGUCGUCUGGACUGACUGCCAUUUGGGUUGAUGGUAAAAGUAGUGGCAGGAAAGUUUAUAGACAAGGACACGAGGUUCAGGAUGGGGGAAUUGUAAUUCUGGGACAAGAUCAGGAUAAUCCAGGGAAUGAGUUUGACAAAAAGCAAAGCUUUAUUGGGGAAAUAACCAGCGUUCAUCUUUGGGACUAUGUGCUACCGUCUGAUGAACUAUGCCUUGUCAGUCAAGGACAUACUGAGCCUAAAGGGAAUGUGAUUGAUUGGAAUACUGUGGGUUAUGAAGCUAGAGGAAAUGUUUUAAUAAAACCCGUUAACAACUAUAAAUUUUGCACGUCAGUUAGUUCCUCUAAAAUGUGGUGAAUAAAUGUUGGUAAUCUA